AUGAGUAAGGGUAGGCAAAAGAUUGAAAUGAAAUUGGUUGAAUCUAAAGAUGCACGUUAUGUUACUUUUUCAAAAAGAAAAUUGAGCUUGUUUAAGAAAGCUAAUGAAUUUUCAACUUUGACAGGAGCAGAUGUUGGCAUUCUCCUCAUUUCACCUAGUGGAAAGCCAUAUUCGUAUGGGUCCACUAGUAUUGAAAAAAUUACUGAUAAGUUUCUUGAAUGGAAACUUGAAAAUCCCCAUGUUGUAGAUCAAGCUGAUGGGGGAAAAACAAAUGUCUUUCGGGUAUUUGAUGAUCUCCGUGAAGAAUUACAAAUAAUGAACGAAAAGGAAAAAAGUCGAAAAAUAAGGAAUAAGAUCUUACAUCCUAAUUUAGAAACAUCGCCUGACAAACACAGAUUGGAGAAAUUGGUAGAACUCAAGUUGCGGUUGGAGAAUAUAAAAAUGGAGGCAAAAAAUAAUAUUUUGGCUGAGCCAUUCAAAUUUGAUAUGAAUGUUGUCCCUAAUCAAGAUGAGGGGGAGAGUUCUGGAACUCAAUAA